AUGUCCACUGCCGCCAUGUCCGUAGCCACGGCAAGUGCUGCAGUCAGCCGGCGUGUGCGACGCACAGCACCAAGAGGCAUUCGGCAAGGGCGGCCGCGCCAAGUUCUCGUCAGGAGCCACGACCAUGAGGAUCUCGAGCAUGGCCAUGACCAUGACCACGAGCAUUCACACAGCGUUGCCUCCGCAAAAUCCCAUGAAAGCGACGAACACGGGCAUAGUCACGGCCACGAGCAUGAACACAGCGUUGCCUCCGCAAAAUCCCAUGAAAGCGAAGAACACGGGCAUAGUCACAGCCACAGCCACAGUGGCAGCCACUGCUGUCACAGUCAUGAGACUGUGGUGGAUCACGAUCACGAUCACGGGCAUAGUUACGGUGGUGGUUGCUGUGGGCACGGGCACAGCCACGGAGAGGUUCCGGACUGGCUUCCGGGGGCGCCAGCACUUCGACGCCUCUCAGAUCUGUCCAGAACGAAGGCGUCCGUCACCGUCGUGACCGUUGCCUUCGUGAUGUCAGCCCUCUUAGCGUGUGUCAAGACGCCAGGCAUCACGUCUCGAAGCCUUCGACUGGCAGGCCCAGUGCUGGUCUACAUCGUCUAUGGUAUACCAGCAUUAGCGGGAGCCAUGCAAAACGCAGCCCAGCUCGACAUCCACUUCCUGAUGACCCUGGCUGCAUUUGCGUCAGUGGCCCUUGGCCACAGCAUGGAGGGCGCGCUGCUGCUGCUCCUCUUUGCUCUCUCCGAGGUUCUUGAGGAAAAACUCUCCUUGAGAGCUCAAGCUUCUCUUGAUGCUCUUGGCAGCUUAUGCCCGGAGACUGUCCGGCGCCUCGAUGCUCACGUGAAGACGCUGGCAGAUGCCGAGCAGGGCCGUGAGGUGCGUGUCUUAGAUUUGCGUGCCGGCGAUCGCAUCUUCGUCAAAGCCGGAGAGGUGGUUCCUGUCGAUGGACGAAUAGUUGAUGGACGUUCUCAAGUAGGCAUGAGCCACAUGACGGGGGAGCCGUUGCCACAGGAAGUUCGCCCUGGGAACUCGGUGAGUUCUGGAGCAAGGACCAUUGAUGGGGCGCUGCUGCUGGAGGUGCAGCGAGAGGCCGGAGAAUCCACGCUGCAGCGCUUGGCCAAGCUCACCUCUUCCGCCAAGGCCUCUCGACCGAAGCUCGUGACUCUUGUGGAUGCAGUAGCGGAGCGCUGGUCCUUUGCAGUGGUCAUUUCGACUGCCCUCGUUGCGGCGGUGCCGCCGCUGCUGUUUCGAGCGCCACUGGGUAGGUCGGUGUACCAUGCUCUGGUUUGGCUCAUCACUGCGUCCCCGUGCGCGCUGAUUCUUUCGACGCCCUUGGUCUACCUCUCCGGCCUCUCUGUUGCUGCACGCAAUGGGGUGCUGCUAAAAGGAGGACGCACGCUGGACGCGCUGGCAGUGGCAAGUGGAGUGGCUUUUGACAAGACGGGGACGCUGACUACCGGCACGCCAGUUCUGCAGAGUUUGGAGGAAGUCGUGGACAGCGAGUCGGCACAUGCCAAGUCCAAGGGCGAGCAUCAAGUGGACGCCCUGCUUUGCGCUGCUUCCCUUGGCCGGCUGUCCGUGCAUCCGGUUUCAAGGGCAGCCGUAGCGGCACUGCCCGAAGACAAGGAUCCCCUCCAGGUCACGGGCUUCCAAAUGGUCGCUGGUGAAGGCGUCACCGGAAAUUUGCUGCCCAAAGAAGACGGUGUCACCUGCAAAGCCGCCAUGGGACGUCCGGAGUUUGUGGCGAACCAGGUGGAAGGAAGUGGGCGAAGCAGCCACGCUUUGGUGCAUGCGCUGCGGUCGCGAGCAAGCAAGGUGGCCAAGACUGGCAGCGUCGUGAUGGCUUUGUCGGUGUGGUCGCCAGAUGAGGAGGCUCGAGCCUGGCUGUUUCACUUCGAGGACAGCGUCAAAGAAGCUGCAUCCGCUGUGGUGGCAGAGGUUUCUCGAGGAGGUCCUGUUUACAUGCUCACCGGCGAUCGCCAUGCCAAUGCCAGAAGUGUGGUUGAUGAAGUAGGCGCCGCCAACUUCGAUGCCGUUCACGCGGACUUGAGACCAGAAGACAAGCUCGAAAAGGUGAGAUUGUACGACACCCAACUCCGAGAUACAGCCGGAAAGGGGUCGUGGCAAGCGCGGCUCUUGGGUCUUUUCGGCGUGUCUCUGGGUGGUCUCGUCAUGGUCGGAGAUGGAGUCAAUGAUGCUCCUGCUUUGGCGGCCGCGACGGCUGGGAUUUCACUGGAGGCGCAGACGGACGGGGCAUUGCAGAGCAACGCCGUCGAUGGAUCGGACGCUUUGAUACUCAGACGGGCUAGUGACCCUCGUGGAGACAGCGACCUGAAGCGUGUGGCUUGGCUUCUGAAAUUGGCCCAGAAAGCCCGGAAUAUCAUUCUCCAGAAUCUCUGUCUUGCCGGUGGAUCUAUACUGGGCGCGAGCAGCGUGACACUCUUCACAGGAAUGCCGCUUUGGCUGGGAGUGCUGCUGCACGAGGGGACUACGAUGCUUGUGGGACUGAACAGUCUGCGCCUGUUUUCGAGCCUCCGAAGUACGUGGCGGCCACCGUUUAGCCGCUAUCGGAGAAAGCACUGA